AUGGAUCGCCGGGAGGAGGUGACGCGAUCCGGCUUCCUGUUCCCUACCCUCCGGCGCGUGGAUUCCUCCACGGACGUUCCGGACACGCCUGGCAGCAACCCCAGCAGUCCGGGCAGCACCGCCAGCCUGAAGGGCUCCGUGGCGGGGGCGGUGUCAAAAUUCAUGGCGCUGGCGGCCCAGGCGCGCCGCAAGUACGCCCGGCCCAGGCAGGAGGCCGAAGAAAACCCCAGCCACAGGGAGUUGCCGUCUGUUGGCAGCGCGCCGCUGCCGGAGACCGCAUCCAAGGGGGGCCUGGAGGCGUCCGCGUCCGGGCGCACCCACACGGGCUUCUGGGAUUUCACGUCGAAGACCUGGGUGCCGCACGGCGACGGAAUGCUGGCCAGGGAGGCUUCCGCGGGGGCCGAGGCGGGCCACCCGGGGGGGUGGGAGAUGCCAGAGGAGCUUGGGGCCGCGACGUGGACGCUGCUGCGCGCCGUGGCGGUCCAGUUUCCCGACUCACCCGGAGAGGCGCAGCGGAGGGGCGUGGAGACGCUGGUGAGGCCCGGAUCUCGAUCGCGACCGCUCGAGGCGACGCGAUCUGGGCGCGGUUCAGGUGGUUCUGGCCGCCGGCGCGCCGAUCGGGCCACAUUGCCGCCUGCGUCGGGCGUGGCGGGAUGGGCUGGGAGCACGGUGCGCUGA